AUGGCACGAGGAAGGCGUCGGAAAGAACAGAUCCAGGCGACGGUGGUGCAGAUGGCCACCACGACUCCUAUUGGACAACCAAGACAAAAUACGGCUGCGUCGAACACGGGAGAAACCACCAAGCAACAGAGUAACACAACCACUACUGGAAACCCACCAGUAGGAGAAGCGGAGAAUGAAAUUGAGCAGGAAACUGCAAAAUGGAGAAUGGCACUAAUUUUGUAUGUGGUCGGUGAUUCCCCAUCUAUUGGAACUAUUACUAGAUUUAUAGGGGCCAAUUGGAAAUUCUCAUACAAACCUAGAAUUUACUAUCACAAUGAUGGAUAUUUUGUUGUGCUGUUUAAUAGUAAUGCCGAUAAAGAGGAAGUGUUAUUUUCAGGACCCCAUACUAUCAACAAUAAACCACUGAUUCUGAGAGCUUGGAAUCCAUACUUUAACUUUGGGGAUGAAGUACUCAGGACUAUCCCACUCUGGAUAAGAUUUCCAAACUUGCCUAUGAACUGCUGGGGUGGUCAUACUCUGAGCAGGAUUGGUAGUGUGCUGGGGUGCCCUGUCUACGCGGAUGAAUGUACGACUAGCAUUGAGAGAGUGUCCUAUGCUAGAAUCCUGGUGGAAAUGGAUGUUACAAGGGCAUUACCCUAUACUGUUAAACUACAAGAUCCAGAGGGGAAUAUCUUUAUACAGGAAGUGGAAUAUGAUUGGAAACCUAGUUUUUGUCCUAAAUGCUUAAAGAUAGGGCACGUAUGCAAGCCUGCACCAGAAAGGAAGGAGCCUGCAAAUGAGCGACCUAGAGGGCCGAGACCAAGAGCAAACAAAAUGUGGGUGCCAAAUAAGGCGGGUGACCAGAUCAUUCAAGUAGCUACAGUAGCAGGGGACACAAUGAAUGUAAUAAAGGAUGCUUCGCAAACUAACAACCAAGUGCCUCCUGCACAAGAGGCAAAUGAGGCAAUGCAGAGUCAACCUAUUGAAAGAGGUGUGACACAAGCAGUUAGCAACUAUGAUCAGGUGCUAUCUACUCCUCCUGCUUCACCUGAAAAUGUAAUGCAAAGAAAGGAUGCAACUGAGCCUAUUCGGAAGAAUGCCAAACACACCAAUUUAGCAAGAGUGCCACAGCAGUUGAAGCCUAAUACUAUAAGCCAGGCCAGUAUUUUCAGUCCUUUGAUGGAUAAGAUUAAUAGAGAAAUACUGGACAUGGGGCUGACUACUAUACAUGAUCAAAGGACCAAAGGGGGUACCACAAACUCUUAA